AUGAAACUGGUUUUCGUUAUUUUCUUAAUUUGGUGCUGUGAUGCCGACUUACCCAAGCAAGUACGUGUAGGCGUCCUGGUGCCAAUAACACCAAGAUUGAAUGGUGGAUUUAGUGUAGGAGAAGGCAUUAGAGCAGCUGUUAAAGCCGCCUUUGACGAUAUUAACAAAGAUAGCACUAUACUGUCUGGUCUGAAUUUGACGUAUGUGAUUCAGGACAGUGGAUGCAACUCAGUGAAAGCUGCGGGGAUCGCUGCUGACCUCAUGCACUCCCAAGCUUCCAUAGAUGCCUAUAUUGGUCCCGGAUGUUCAAGAGCAUGUAUUUCAGCUGGACUUCUUGCACAGUACUGGAAUAAACCAAUAAUAUCCUUCUCUUGCUCGUCAUCUGAGCUAGAGGAUAGAGAAAAGUACUCAACAUUUGCCAGAACUCAACCAUUUAGCCGGACGUACUCGCAAAUUACACCAUCGCUUCUACUAACAAUCAUGCUACACUUUCAGUGGAAAAGAGCAGCCAUACUUGCUACAGACGACUCUUCGACAAAGAUUUGGACCCCAGUUGCCUUUGAGUUAAAGAACGUUUUUAAAGAAAACAACGUAACCGUUUCUUAUUUCAAUGUAUAUAAAUUGACCGGAGAUAUAACAGCUCAACGUAGACAGGCAGAGAUUGAGAUGGUACUGCAAGAGACCGCGGAGAAUGCUCGAGGUAAUCCUUAUUUGUAGUGUUAAGAACCUCUAAAGAUUAAAAAAGUAAGGCGGUUACACUUGCAAGAUUCAAAGAGGCUUCAACGGCUUUUUUUUAAAGACAAAAAAUGCGAUAUUCCAGGUAGAUGGCUUUAAGAUAGGCACAGGAGAAUGAUAUGCUAAGAUGUGUAACGAUAUAGAUCCAAACUAGCCAGGCUAUUAGGUGCUUCCUUGAGUCAUUACACGGGCUUGAUCAAUAGUGAAAUUGAACGCCGAGCUGGUUGUGCUUGUUAAUGCACGCAACAAGGUUUUGCACUUUGCAUCAAGCAUCUAAGGAAAUACAAAAAAAUGGUUUAACCUUCAAAAGGAGCCCCACAAUUUCCUAAUUUUGACUCACAGCCCGUUACAUGGCUAAGAAUAUAUUCACCUUGCCUUCUUUGACGGAUCGGUGUUCACUGUGAAGUUAACUUCCAGUUAGAACAAGAAAAAGUUUAUGCCCUAUGCACUUUGGGUAAUAACAGCUUCUCAGAAGGUUCUUAAAAUCAAAUUUACAGUGACCGCCACUGUAGCCUAGUUUUAAAUUUAAUAACUUGUUUUUUUUUUUAUUCCGUUUGUUGUAGUUGUCUUCAUUUUGGGCUCCAUAAGUGAAGUGAUGCGCCAUUUGAUGGUAGCUAGGACGCUUGAAAUGUUAAACGGCAACUACGCGUUUAUCACUUUAGACUUUUUUGUCUCAGAAUAUCUAGCGACGUCUUUAGCAAACCAGUCACCGUCAUUGAAUAGGAAUGAAACGCUGGAGUCAUUUGAAGGAUUAAUAACUUUGUCUGUCAAGAAGCCAAGAUCCGAUGAGCUACAUAAUCUGACAAAAUGGCUGAAUAAUGGACUAAAGAAAAUUCCAGAAUACCAAAGUCACUCCGCUUCUUCAAGGGUAAACAGAACGUUAUUUUAAAAAUAUAUAUCUCCCUGGAUUUAUGACAACCGGAUUAGCAAACAUUUUGUAAUUUCCCUCAACUUCCCCUGUCUCAGCUUUUUUACUGUGUUCCUUGCUUAUGUACUUUUUCCUUGGUUGUUUUCUUGUUAGAGAUUUGUAUAGAAGUGGCUGUAGACAGAAUUUCGCGAAUUUUUGUCACCCCAACCCCCCCCCCCCCCCCACCCAUGUCUAUGUGUCAAUCAGUUUGUUACCUGUUCCCUGCGAAAUUCUGUCGUUUAUCGCCCAGCGAAAAAGGUAGUGUCUUCCUAGCUAUAACCAGGCACUCUUUGACUGCCGUUUCCUCAACUUCAAAAUUUCCAGACUGAAAUGACAUCGGUUUGAGACUUCCCGGCGUCAGAUUACUGCGUCAUUUUCAAUUUGGACUCCUUGAAAUACUUCUAGGGAACACUAACUUACUGCCCGACGUCAGAUAAAGGCUUUUAAUUGGCGUUUGAAUGACUUUUUAUUGUUUUAAAUUACCAAGUAGCAGAAUGAGUUGAUUUCUUUGCUAACCCGGUUUUAAAAAUCCAGGUAUUUACAUAUUAAGUUGAAAACCCCUUUCAUGGUAAAUUAAUCAGUGGCAAAGACAGUUCGUUUGAAUCUGAAUCUAAUGCAGUUUAGCCUUUGUAACUUUUUCAAAAAGUAAAUCCCUGAAACAAAUUUAACACUUAGGCUCCGCAUUAUAAAAUCGAACCAAAUAAAAGUUAAGGAUUGGUCAUUAAUGUUAAUUUAAUUCAAUUUAUAUUCCUUGUGAUAGAAUUUGGUAGUUCGCAGGUAUGAAAAGCAUAAAAAUAACGUAACUCUACUUUUUCCAAAACUUACUGCCUUGAGUUUUAGUUACAUUUCUGAACACCACUUGAGUCAGACUAUUUUGAAAGGGUGGCCGUUCAGGUCAACUUACUCAGAAAGUAAACUCCUUUCUCAAACUUAUCUUGGUAUUAUGAUUAUUAUUAUCGUUAUCAUUAUCAUUGUCACAGUCGCUGUCACUGUCCUUGUCAUUAUCAUUAUCAUUAUCAUUAUCAUUAUCGUCAUCAUUAUCAUUAUUAUUGUCUUAUCAUUAUCAUUAUCAUUGCCAUUGUCAUUACCAUAUUGCAAUUAUCGCUGUCAUUUUCAUUAUCUUUGUCAUUGUCUUUGUCAUUGUUAUUGGUAUUGUCAUUAUAAUUCUCAUUACCAUUAUCAUCAUCAUCAUUUACUAUUAUCAUUACUAUUACUAACAAUAUUGAUCCUGAUAAUAUACCACAGAUAUUUCCUUAUUUUGAUUUUUUCCUUCCGAGGAAACAGGCAGCCAAGACCGCGCCUUACCUUUAUGACGCUGUAUGGCUCUAUGCACAUGCACUGAACCGUACUAUCACUGAUGGCAAAAACAAAUCAAACGGUACAGAAAUCUUGAGAAAUGUCAUGACGACUAAACCAUUGUUCACUGGUAAAUAUUGCUUGACCCUUUACCACUACACGUGUCUUUUAGUAAUUCCGAUUAAUUGUACUGUAAAAGUAGCCACCAGCCGUUACCAGAACAAGUGGUUCCUAUCUCAUGGGUCAAUUUCAAUAACCUGAAAGUAUCAUUCACUUUUGCAGGGAUGUCAGGACCUGUCAUGAUAGAUAAGAGAGGAAAUCGAGUGCCGGCUUUCGUAUUUGAAAAUAUUCAAAGCAGUUCAAAUUUACCCUUUUUGGAGCUUAACGUUAACGGAACUGAGGUCAAGCAGUACACAGCAAAGGUCGUUUGGCCGGGGGGCUCGACCAGAAUUCCUGAUGAUGAGCCGAAGUGUUUGUUUGAUCCCUGUAAAGGUAACAAGAUAAUAUACACGUAAAUGCUAGGAGCCCUUAGAACUUUUGAAACUCUUGUAUGGGAGUUCCCUGAAAAGAAUCUCAAAGUCCUUAAAUGGGCCAAAACACCCAGUUGUCUCUGAUAUUAAACAGCUUGCAGUAGUUUUAAAAGUAGCUUUGUUAUGCUUUAGAGGCAACCCUUCCCUGGAGUGACACAAAGAAACAUUAUAUGGAAAUCUGUCCGUUAACUAACUCUUCAAGUUCGGCGAUCGAAAACAAAUAAAUGGAAGAGGCUCUUCAACGAUGGCAGCGAUGAAAGCGAUCUUUGUGACGCUGUUCGCUGAGGUCUAGAAUAAAAUUCUAUAUUAAGGCUGGUUUCCGAAUAAUGUUUGCGAUGGCCUGAAUCGUUCAGAUCCCUGGAGUUUUCUCAGCGAUCGCAACGCUUUUCUUGAUAACCAAAGGAAUUAUGAGGCUCUCAUUUGACUUUUGCGUGGAGGUUUUAGCGGGUAAGAAUUUGUCAGUGGUGAAAUUUUAAUUCACACGGAUGAAAUAUUACAGUUUUAACGAAACGAAAUUUUGUUUACUGGCCAAACAAACUAAUUUGUCUGAAAAUGUGAAUUUUUGCUUAACCGACACAAUCUCGCAUCGAUAUAUUAAACGUCGUCUUCUGCAAACUUAGUGUUUUGGUUAUUCGGUCUACACAUCUGGCACGAUAAAUUUUGCCGUCACUAGAAAUUUGGCCACGCCUGUUCAUCAGAAACUCAUAGUUUGUGUAUUUUUCACUGAAAUUUGCUUAUUUCGCCGAAUUUUGGUGAGGUUUGCUAACUUCACUUUUAGCUACUUCUGCAAAGUAGUGUGGUGUAACUUGGGAAGAGAAUAUAGAACCUUUUCUUACCUCAACCUAACCCCUAUCGAUGACAUUAAAGAAAAAAUUAUGUCAAAAACGAGAGCAAGUGCUUCAUCACGGGUUCGAGACACCGAGAAACAGAUGAAAGCACGAGGCCGUAGUUAUUCCUAGUAAACAUGUGAAAGUACUGAUUUCUCUUACACUACUUCUUCUGUCGAUAGACCGUAUAGGCGAAUCUUUGUUUACAGUUUUUGCCUCAUUAACAUACGCGUUUCAUUCCCUAAUCAACUUAUUAAGAAAACUCUGAAUAUUGAAAGAACAUUAACAAUUUCAGUUAUCUCUGGAAAUUAGAGCCCGGUAUACCAAAUAGUUUCGGAGAAAUUCUCUUCCAAAUGCUUAAAAGUUUUCAAAAAAUGAAUAUGACCUCCUUAGCGUCUUCGCCACCCAGCAAUUUCGCAAUUCUUGAUUGCUGCUAUUUCCUUUAGUAUUCAAUGCAAAGAGCUGUAAAUUGUACAAACUGCUCAAAUUAACCAGCAAUUUCAACUUUCGAACCCAAUUUGUUAAAAAGGACGACAUCUUCUACGGGUUAACUCAUAUGUUAAUGAGCAAAAAUGUAAACAAUUAUGUCAACAAAGAUUUGUCGACGCGAAACUUCGUUCUAAUGAAACGAAAUUUCGCAACGAAAUUUCGCCUCAUGCAGAGAAAUUUCGCUUCGAUUAAUCACCUUGCUGGCGAAAUUUCGCUGCUUUUUCGUCUGAAGCGAAAGUUCGCAAUUUGAUUGCCGAAAUUCGCGUAAUUUCGCUUAUUUCGGCAAAUUUCGUUUGCAUUUCUUUUGCACAGUACUGUAUAUACCGUUAAUUACCUAAACAAAGUUAAUAAUUAUAGGACUAUCUCAGUAUAAAUGGACGAAUUUUGUAUCGUCAAUGUAAAACAGCUGGAUUUCCUAUACCGGGUACGAAUCUAACAGCUCGUAGCCUGUGGACAUCCGCUUACUCACUUAUAGACAUCUCUUUCCCAUAUUUUUAUUUUAAGAGGCAGUGGCGGUGUACACAUUUAAGUACGUGAUAGGUGACCAUUCGAUAUUAUUCGCUUCCAAGGGAUUCUAAAAAGCCCCAGGGCACAAGGCGGUAUUAGCUUGGAAGUAUAGGGAUUAGAAACAUUUUGUCACCCACCAAAGAACAAUGACCAGCCAAUCUUUCUUCAAACGGCCUAAAAGAGGUUUAAAUACUAUUUAAUUCUUUAUAUCUUUUCAAGAAAUGGAGUUGGAUAGCUGGCGCCUAAUUGUUGUCGCAGUUCUCUCUCCGCUUGCUGUUAUUUUAUCUCUCUUGGCGCUCUAUCUGUACAGGUAUCGAUUUAAAAUGUUUCAUUCUUUAAUAAAAUGUGAUGAAGUAUUUUUGAUUUCAAAAAUUCCGUUGACUUUUCCUGGGUUCCUUUAGGCGCAAGAAAUACGAGAAGGAUCUUUUUAACAAUGCUUGGAUCAUAGACUUCAGUGAAAUUAUACCAUUAUCAGUGGGUAACGGGUUUGCUAGCAAGGUAAGUAAACUGAAUACUGAAAUAGUCUAACAAGAAAUUGGUAAGAGCAAGUAUCGAGCCUCAAAUCAUUUGCAAGUCUGAUCUCAGGAGCGGACAGUUUUGUAAUCAUUGCCACAGAUACAGAUUUGUAAUUAAAUAGGGGACCCGCUCAUCAAGACCCAAGAUAAGAUGGUCACAAAGCCUCGAAAAUAAUUUUUCCUGGUCAAUCUGUGCGGCCUCAGUUUGGCCUAUUGGGCCCUCCGAGCCCCACUGCCCCUCCUCUACAUCCCCCACUUGAUAUUGCAUUUGGCCUCCAAGGCCUUCUAGGUUUUGAUACGUUUAAAGACGUAGGUAACCGUUUUGCAUAAUAAGUUGUGACAACGAUGUUUCUUAUUCCUUGUUCUUCGGUAUGUUGCAGGUUGCUAAAAGCUUUUCGUGCGUUUCCCAAAAUUCUGCCCAAACUGAAUGGACUGCGGGGAAACAAGCAACACCACUCGUCGGUCGAUACAGGGUAAAGCCUUACAGCUUUUUACAACAUUUCCUUUAUAAUAUCAUGCAAUCAUUUAAAGAAAAAAAUUAAGACUGAAAAAUUCUUUUUGAGAUUGAAGUUUAAGUUUGAUACCUAAAAAGUGGAAGUAAAGGAGUGAGGAAUUAGUCCUUUGAGGUCUUUUCUUUUCUUCCUUGUAUUGUUUGAUCAUUUCAUUACUGUUCUUAUCAUAUAUAUGUUACUAUUAUUGUUAUUUUCGAAUUGUUGUUAUUAUUACUAUUAUUGUUAUUUUCAAAUUGUUGUUAUUAUUAUUAUAUUAUUAUUAUUAUUAUUAUUAUUAUUAUUAUUAUUAUUAUUAUUAUUAUCAUUACGAGGAAACAGGCUGGUUAAAGUACUUCGACUAGAAACUGUCACAGUCUCUUUUUACAAAAGAUCAUGUUUCCAGAAAUGGCACGCUCAGUGUGUUCUACGGUAGGUAUAAAUUCCCCCAAAGAAAAACUUGUUAAAACGGACAGCAAAGAAACAACGCCGCAAGCAUCCGUGUUACAUCGGCUUCUGUAUGACAGUGUGUGAGGUCUGAAACAUCCAGGAACAAAAUAGCUGUCCGUAAUAGUACGCUGUCUGUAAGUUGUCGAUGCGAAGAGAUUAUAAUGUAAAGUAUUUUUUUGUCUUUUUAUAGGGAGACCUGAUAGCUAUCAAACGUUUGCACAAGAAUUUUGUCAAAUUAUCUCGUGACAUUUUAAUAGAGCUGAAACAGGUGAAAUAAAUCACUUGCGUACGUUUUAAUUAUAUAGGUACAACACUAAACAUCGAUAAGUCAAGCGGCCCUAAAUUACCGAAGGAUCUCUAAUUUGACAUUACUAAAGGUGCGUCCGCGACUGCGCUCUUUGUGCGGCACUGCAUUCAAACACAGUUCUACCGAUCAUCUUGAAGAGGAGCAGAUCUCUGGUUUAGCCUGACAGAUUAUAGACGCUUUUGAUACUCUCUAUUACAAGUGAAAAAAAUCGUGACAUUUAUUUCCACUUACAGAAAAAUACUAAUUGUAAGUUAAAUUAUUAUUAUUUGUUUGCGAAGGUACGCGACCUAGUUCACACGAACCUCAACCCUUCCAUUGGAGUGUGCGUCACUUGUCCUAAUAUCUGCAUAAUCUCAAACUACUGUUAUAGAGGCAGCUUAGAGGUGAGAAAGUUCCCCACAAGUCAUAAAAACGGCCAGGAGGGGUCAUUACUCGGAGGGUCAAUCACGUGAUCUUUUCUGUAGGUUACCUAGCGGCCAACGGAAUGUGAAGUUGUUGUCUUUUGAAUUAGCGCGAAAGUACUAGUUGAGGACAAUUUUAAACGCCUUCUACUGGAGACGGGACCCCUAAUUUGUCUGGUCAUCGGAGCUACUGGAAAGUCCAGCGGUUUGUGGGGCAAAGGUAACCUCCAUUUGUCAGUUAUUUUAAGACCCUGAUUGUUGGUCUGGCCCCGCCGCCACUUCCCACUGUGCCGUCAAUUAACGCUUCACCGACUGAGCUAGUCCUGUCACGCGGUUGGAAGAAUAUGAAAGGGUCUGAAAGUGACAAAGAGUAAGAACAGCGUUAAAUUUACGUUAACCAUGACUGAUUUCCUUGGAACGUUUUAACGUGGUCUUCUUUUCAGGAAAUAUUGGCAAAUGAUAAUAUCAAACUUGACUGGUUCUUUCGUGCAUCCUUUGCUCAAGACAUUGCCAUGGUAAUUAUUCAAUUUAGUGCUAUAAAACCCAUUUAACAUCAUUCAAGAAAAGAAAACAAGGAAUAUUACCUUAAUUGAUUUUCCUUGUCACUGUAUAUAGGAUUAGUAGUUAAACUGAUAAAUUGUAACUAAAUCAGACUAUAAGAUAAUCGAAGCAGCCCACUGUUCCUCUUAGUUUCAACAAUAUUAAAGGAAAACUACCAUCAUUAAAGAUUGCGAUAUCGUUGCAUCUUUUUAACGAUAGCAAUUUUCAAAUUUCACCUAGGGAAUGUCUGCGUUACAUGCCUCUCCCUUACAAGUGCAUGGUCAUCUUAGAUCAUCCAAGUGUUUGAUUGACAGCCGGUGGGUGUGUAAAGUGUCGGAUUAUGGUCUGCACCUUUUAAAGUCUGGUCAAAAGCCUGAAGAUGUUAGCGAAUAUACUGAAUACCAAAGUAAGCUGAGAGGUUUGAACAGUUCAAAUAAUCAACUAACGAAAAAAAAAACUGUUCAUGCACCCUUUCCCAAAUUUGCAUUAAAUUCGUUAAGAGGCAAAAAGUUGAAAAGGAAAGAUUAACCAAAGCAUCUUUAACCUUCAAAACAACAGAACCCUUUGCGUCGCCUGAUCUGUCGUCAUAUAUGUACUCUAGUUGUGGGAAUUCAACACAAAAUAUCGCAGAACUAAGUUAAUUAAUCACGAUUUUUUAUACCUUAUCUAGCUAUUUAAAAUAAUGAGUGAAGCUAAUUCCGAGACAGAAUAGAAAAUGUUAAAUUUUUUGGUUAAUAAUAAACAAAACCCAGCCAAACCUCCAUUAACGGGACACUUGCUUUGGUCCCGAGGGUAUCCCCUGAAUAGAGGCUCCAGAGUACAUCAUUUUCCGAAACAGGUCAGUCCGUCCUUCAUAUAUUUUAGUUUUAAAACAACAAAAGUAAUUUCUCUCGCGGAGUUUUAACAUCAAUGGAAGGUCCAUGAUGAUAAGCUGUUACAUGCGUUUAUUAAAGUGGAAUCAAUGCAAAAUGUACAGUUUUUUCCUCAUCUUUCGAGCUGACCGCUCCCCCACUUUGUAAAUUAAUUAUGGUAACAAGUUUAUAUGCUCCUGAAUGUAACUGUAAUUUUAGGCUUGCAAUUCUUACUAUUAAUUCGUAAUUUGAUUUGUGAUGCGCAUUUGAGCAUCCAUUGGGAAUUAGCACACAACAAAUUGUAUGUUAUCUUCAUCAUUGUCAUCAUCAUCAUUUUCAUUUUCAUUAUCGUUAUUAUCAUUAUUACUAUUAUUAUCUGUUUAGAACUUUUUUGGAAAGCACCAGAAUUUCUUGGGGAGGAUGUAGAUUUACCAUUUUCACAACCAGGUGAUGUGUACAGUUAUGGAAUUAUCCUCAGCGAACUACUCAGUAGAGAGAUGCCAUAUUUUUCAUAUAAUAUGAGCCCCAAAGGUAGGUUCUUUAUACCAUUAUAUUUUUAUCAGUUUAUGAUUUCAGUAAAGUUUGUUCUUGUCUUUCUUUUCAUUCAUUAUUGUCAAAUUCAUUGUCAAAUUCAUCGCACAAGUGUGGAAUAUUUUACUCGCACAUGCUCGGAUUGGCUAACUCCGAAGGUGGCGGACGAAUUAUUUAUUAUCCUAACAAAGUAUUUUCUUUAGCAAAGGAUACUCGUGAGACUCGUGAGCCCCGAAGUCGUCUCAUUUAAACGUUCGCAAAUGAUCGUACUGGAAAGUCUGACACCAUUUUUCCUCUUUAGAUAUUAUCAAACAAGUAGCAAAACAGCUUAUUCCUCAAUUCAGACCUGAAUAUCCGACUGACAUAGCGGGUGACAAAGGCGUCAUUCGCUUGAUGCAGAUGUGCUGGGACAACGACCCUCUUAUGAGGCCGACAUUUUCGGAGAUAAAGUCAAAGUUGAAAUCACUUAAUCGAGGAAAGUAAGUCUCUUCGUUCAUCACAACUUCAAUGCCAAUGUAAAUAAGCCUUAGACGCAGUGCAAAAUAUUGACCAGUCCAGUUCCCGUCUGGAUUAAAAUUGUUGUUACAUAAGUCAUGAUUCAGAUCUAGGCUUGUGUGACGGAUGCUAUAUUUAUAUUUUACCUGCGUCAUAUCCGUAACCUGUCAGAAUUUAUGUUCUUCGUCUAAUGCCAAAUCUGCCCAGCUAAGCGUAUCACACCUUCCUUCAUAUAAAAGAUUUUAUAAAAUUUUCAUUCGUGAGAAAACGUUGUAAGGCUAGCUCCACCCCCCAAACCUCACCUCCCUAUUGCAAAGUGGGCUAACCCAUAGCACUGAAUCGAGUGCUGAAAAUGGACGAGUCCAUUAAGUGAAACUAGGCCAAGAUCUAGGGGAUAUAGUAUUUAAUAAAUAUAUCUUGGAAAUAUAGUAUUUGUAUAGUGGUAUCUUCAGAACUAAUAGUGUUGGCGUUUUGACUCUGAAGCAAAUAAUGGUGGAGCGAUGUAAUGUUUGCGUCUCCUUUCUUCAGGAAUUCUAACAUUGUUGAUAACAUGAUACGCAUGAUGGAAAACUAUACAGACCAGCUUGAACAUCUUGUGGACGAGAGAACAAUGCAACUGGCGCACGAGAAGGCUAAAACAGACGAACUACUUUACAAAAUGUUACCAAAGUGAGUACAGUAACUCUUAUAGUUUUUAAGGUAUUUUCAAUUUUUGUUUGACAUGUAGAAUUUUUCAUUUUGUACUUGAUUCAUUAAAACGGUUUUUAAAAUGAAAUUAUUGCGCCUCCCUGAUUUUGAAUGCAUGUUUAUGACUCAGAAAUCCUUUUUGUCCAUAGCUCGUGUUUAUGUCUAGAUUUGGACCCUUGGGAUAUAAUUGUCUUUGAGCCUGAUCGCCAUGUAAAUGUACUUUGUUGGCCCAGAUCGUUUGGCAAUUUCACGACGAAAUGAAAAUCCAACAUGGCAAAUCUUACUGAGAUGACAGACAGUUUAAGUCACGACGUAAUUCCAGGCCACAUGACGUCAUCUGGAGCCCUUAUGCUUAAAUAUUGACAGCUAGGCUCACUGUCAGAGCUCAAAAUUCUAGGCCGUUUUUUUUCGUUCUGCCUUCUAUCCCCUGUUGUUUGAAGAUUGUUCAAAAAGCUAAUCACUUCGUCGGCUUUUGAAUAAUUUCAGUUCAAGUUUAUAAUUUAAUUUAUGGCCAACACUGUCCUUGUUUAUGUUUAGGUCAAUUGCAGAAGACCUAAAACAAGGAAGAUCUGUAACGGCUGAAAGUUUUUCCAGCGUAACAAUUUGUUUCAGUGACAUCGUGGGCUUUACUUCCAUGGCCGCCCAAUGUACACCAAUGCAGGUAAAAUAAUCAGAAAGGGGUUAAUUUACAUGCCGGGUCUUAGAACCUUAUUGCACAGUUAGCUUCCAUCCUUUCCGUUUUUGUGCAAGUGAGGUUAAAUAACGUUUAAGAGGCUGGAAAUGGUUUUAUCAACUAAAUGCGCGCGUUUUGCACUCAAUCAAAAUGUAGCUAACAAAUGUCGCAACACCGGAAAUUGAAUACUGACCAAAAGCGCGUGAACUGGAAAUCAAACAAAGUUUAUUCAGUGAUCAGCCGUGGUCAUUUGCAUACAAGCAAUCUGUGUCAUCUUAUUUGCCAUUUUCACAUUUCCAUAAUACACCUUUUUUGUCCCCAAAACUUUGCACUCAUAAGCAUUGUCUUAAUUUUCUUCUUGGGACCACUAAAGGCAAACAUUAUGAUGCAAUUUUUGGGGGGGCGGGGGGGGGGGGGGNGGGGGGGGGGUGGGUGGGUUGUGGGGUGUAACUACCGAAGGCGACUUUUCUUUAUGGUAUGUGACAGCAUUCAAACGCAACAACAAGAAUGGAUGUCGAUGAAGUUGCUAUUAAUGACUUUGUUAAAUCGAUAGUUGGUUUAAACUGAAAUUAAAAUAUAAAAUAAACUUACAAAAUGUAAAACGGCUACAAAGCGACAAAAUAAACCGAAAAUGAAACUAAAACACGGACUGAAACGUACAUUGUGUAGCAGUGUAAACCAUGAAGAAAGUAAACUCUGCCGAUACAGGAAAAAACUGCGCGAUGUGCACUCCACUAGGUGAAACUUAAAAGUGGCUAAAGUCUGGAACUUAAACUUAACUAAAAAAGGUAAAAAAAAUAAAGAUGCAAAUGAACGCACUACUUUUCCCAAGGGGGGCUGAUUAGAGGUGGCUACUGUUCUUGGGUGUUUGAUACAAUAGGAGGGGGUGGGGUGGGGAAAACAAGGUGUAUUAUGGGAAAUAAGUAAAUUGGAGAAAUCUGAGUUUGGGUCGUAUAGAUGCCACAUAAAACUGAGAGAGGAUGAGUCAUAAUUAAUAGUUAAGUAGCUUGUGAAAUUACUUUUAUAUUGCUGACUGAUGAGAGGUUCCUUUAAUCAUACAAAAUUUCUUCUCUUCAUCACAUUGACAUUUUUUCUAACAUUCAGUCAUUAAAAACCGAGCCCGAAAAGCACUUUAGAAAGUAACACUUUUGAGGCACUUUGAACCAUAAUAAUUAUUUCGAAGUCGUUUUCUCGUCAUUUGUGAUUGUAUAUCUAUUAGUAAUUAUGGACGGUAAUGACAGUAAAUGAAUGAAUAAGGAAAUAAUUAUUGCUGAUCGCCAAUAAUUAUGCAGGGAACCAUACCAAGUUUUCAUCUUUUGUCUGAAUUGCAGGUGGUGCAUUUUCUUAACGAGUUAUAUACCUGCUUUGACAACAUAAUUGAUGCACAUGAUGUUUACAAGGUUUGAGUCUAAAAUAUAUUUCUAUUAGUAAAGGUAAUAGCAUGAUUUGUAGUGAUAUUUGGCAUAAAUACCACAAGUGAUAUUUCAAUAUUGUUAUACGUAAUUUCACCAGCCGUUAUGCGAGUGAAAUUUGAGACAAUUUUGAAAUAUCACGAGUGGUAUUUAUGCCAAAUAUCACGUACAAAUCCUGCUAUUAUUUGUUUAUACUUCUACCCGCAAAAGGUUUGUAAUUUUCACAUGUAGGUGUUUCAAAUUAAGCUGAAACACCACUGCUCUAAGCCAAUCAAAUUGCAGAAUUUUCUCAUGUAGUAAUAUAACUAUAAAUAUAUUACUAUAGCGUAUUCUUAACAGAUACGACGAAUAGGUCAGUGUAUCUGGUCAUAUAGCGUAACAAACACCUCCUUUGCACACUGCUCAGUUUGUAAAUUGUCGAUUUGUACGAGAGCAUUAUCGUGUACGUCCGAUCUGCGGUACGCGCCGCGCUGUUCCAAAUACUCUUUCAACUCAAUCGAUAUUUGACCGAUAAAGUUCUCGACAUUAGGUAAGCGUCUCUAAAAUAUGGGAUAGAGGUAGGGAUAGGAUAAAAAAAUCAGGAGAUUUUGGUCUAGAGAAGGGUAUCAUUUAUGGCAAAUUGCCCAUGCAGUAGUAUGAAGUUGAAGUUGCUGUUUCAAAAAUUGAAUCUGAGUCUGGGUAAGGGUAGGGAUUUUUGGUGCCUAGUCUAGAAUAAAGCAUGAAGCAGAAUCGCAGGUUUAAAUUCGUUUAUGGGAAUCGAAAUCAACUUUGCUUGGGAACGUACGCUCCCUGUAUGUAUUUCCAAGUGUACCUCUCUUGGUAAUAGGUUGAGACAAUUGGUGAUGCAUACAUGGUGGUAUCUGGUUUGCCUGUUCGGAAUGGUAACAAGCAUGCGGGAGAGAUAGCUACGAUGGCGUUACACCUCCUGAGUUUCACGAGAGACUUUAAAAUCCAGAAUCUACCCAAUAGCAGACUUCAGCUGCGUCUAGGAAUUCAUACCGGUUUGUUGAUUUGCUUUUUCAUCAGAGUUUUUACUCAAUAUGAAACAUCUUACAUAUCAUUAUUUCUCCGUUUCCGUGUGGCUCAACUCUUCCAGGUAAUCCUCCAUAAUCAGCUAGUGUUGACCAAAUUUAGAAGAUGCAUACUUGCCGAUAUUGACAUACGAUUAACGAUUGACGUCAGUUGUACUCAGGAUAAUCGACAAUGAAGGGGCAUACGGCGCGCUCUCUCAGAGAUGUUUUGCCACUGUAGAGAUACAAAAAUUUCAGUGGGACAAAGAUUUUCACGCGUCAUGGCUCAAAUUCAAAUACAAAUAUAUGUACAUUCACCACAUCGACAAAACGGCCCUGUAUUAACAACAUAAGAUUCCUCUAUCUCGGAUUUGUUAUUUAUGCAUAUGCAAACAAGCUUAUCAAUAAAAUACAAGAACCCUGUUCUAGUCCAUCUCUCAGGCUAUGCUUACUGCUUACGCCCGGAAUACGAAUAAGAAAAGCUGAUAAGCAAAACGACUCUCUCUUUACUUAUUUUUUGUAUGCUUUUAAACUUAAACGUUUUCUUUCACGAUUCUUUUUCAAGGCCUUGACUCAAACUGAGAGACCCACCACGUCUGUUGUUUUGAAAAAAUCAGAGAAAGCAGCUGAGUCUAAUUAUAAGCUGAUCACAUUUUUCACCAUGUGUAGACUUUUUUUUUUUCCUCAAAUGUUAAAUUAUAGGGUCUUGCGUCGCUGGAGUUGUAGGACAUAAAAUGCCUAGAUAUUGCUUGUUUGGAGAUACUGUCAAUUAUGCCUCGAGAAUGGAAUCGACUGGGCUUGGUGAGUGAAUACUCUUAAUUACGAGAUUAUAAGGGACUCUUCCACCUGUAGCGAACUCAACCAGGGCCACCUGAAAUAUAAAUUUUAUUGAGAUACUGUCAUUUUAAUCUGAUAACGAACUACACAAGGUAUACUUUAUUGUUGGGAUCGUGACCUGAUUCGUUGGGCAAGCAGCAGUGUCUUGGGCGGCCCCAAUUGAAUUCGGUGCACUGUUAUCAAAGUUAGGCCCAGUUCAAACGUCGAACUUUUCAAAUCAUACAAGGUCGACGGUUGAUUUGAAUUUAAUUAGUUUUCGAAUUUGAAUUUAAUUAUUUUCACGAUGUUGACAAUGAUCUACAUUGCUUCAGCUAGAGAAAAAAAAUUAUAAAGUAAGUUAUGCAUUAGGUUAGACACAUGGAGAGUUUCAUCGUUUGUAACGAAGUCGCUCCAUAUGGGCCAGUCGAACUUAAUUCAUGGGUCUACUCAAAAUUAGAUAUGUUGGGCGACUUAACUGAUUAAAACGUUGAUCUUUUCGUUUACUUAAUCGAAAAGGAUUAGAAUCGGUACAUGAAAAGUUCGAACUUUGAACUGGACCUUGGGUUAAUGAAUAUGAUUAAGAAUAAUGAAAAUGUACUUCUUUUGUUAAUUAUAUUGAGUGAAACCCAGUGUUGUCUUAAACAAGAUUUUCUUCUUCUUUUAUUUAAAAAGUUAAUAUUUUCUUUGUUGAUCAGCCUUAAGAAUUCACGUGAGCCCAGAAUGCAAAGCUGCGUUGGAUCGUAUAGGAGGGUUUUAUUUGAAGGAGAGAGGUCCUGUAACUUUGAAGGUUGGUUGAGAAAUAAUGUGACCCCGCUAAUCAUCAUCAUCAUCAUCAUUAAAACAUUUCUCACUUCACGAUUAAAUUGUUUGGAAACAGCUACUCUUAAUUAAUCCGUCAAAGUUUUUGUGUGUUCACAGGGACCGUAAAAAGGCAUUGUCUAGCACCUUUGAAAAACGAAUCCCUUUUUUUUAUUCAGAUUUACAAUGGGUAUUUGGGAAAACUCAUCAUGCCUUUCCAUUUUAUCCCCUGAUCACGAAAUUUAAAGACUCUCGAAAAGCUAUUUUUUUUUGGCAUGGGUCCUGGCUUUGGUUGGACUGACUGUCAUACUAGAUCAUUGAGCUGCUGUAGUUGUUCUCUUUUAUUUUCAGGGAAAAGGAACCAUUAUCAGUUAUUUCUUAAACGGAAAGGAAGGGUUCACUAAACCUCUACCGAACCUUCUAGAUGCAGCACCCUUGUCAGAACAUGAAUUUAAACAAUAA